AUGACGGAGCCGUCGGAGCCGUCGGAGCCGUUGGCGCCGUCGGCGCAACGGCGCGUCGUCAUAAUCGGCGCGGGCAUAGUCGGGGUAAAUCUGGCGGAUGAGCUGAUCGCGCGCGGAUGGGCCGACAUCACCGUCGUGGACCAGGGUCCUCUCCCCAUGCCGGGCGGAUCCACGUCCCACGCGCCUGGGCUCGUGUUCCAGACCAAUGCGUCGAGGACAAUGACCCUCUUUGCCAGGUACACCGUCGAGAAGCUGUCGUCUCUGGCGAAAGACGGCGUGCCCUGCUUCAACCGCGUCGGGGGGCUGGAGCUGGCCACCACGCCCGAACGGAUGGAGGAGCUGAAGCGCAAGCGUGGCUAUGCGCUCUCGUGGGGGGUCGACGCGCGGCUCCUCACGGCCGACGAGUGUCUCGACACGUAUCCUCUGGUGAACAGGGCCCUGGUUGUCGGGGGCCUGCAUAUCCCGAGCGACGGGCUGGCGCUGGCCGCGCAGGCCGUCGAGGUGCUCGUCGACAAGACGCAGCGAGCGGGGGUCAAGUACCUCGCCUCGACGCGGGUGACGGGCAUCGAGCGCGAGCGGGGUCGCGUCACGGGCGUCGCGGCGGGGGACGCCGUCAUCCCCGCGGACGUGGUCGUUUGCUGCGCCGGGUUCUGGGGUGCCGAGGUUGGCGCCAUGGCCGGGGUGGCGGUGCCGCUGCUGCCCAUGGCGCACCAGUACGUCAGGACGACGCCCGUGCCGGCUCGCAGGGACCUCGCGAGCCACGCGCCUGCGCCAAACGGCGCGGCGACGCUGCCGAUCCUCCGGUACCAGGACCAGGACCUGUACUACCGCGAGCACGGGGACCGGAUCGGGAUAGGGUACUACGGGCACAGGCCCAUGCCGGUGGCGGCGUCGUCGCUGGGCGCGACGCCCGGCAACCGCCACGUCGACGAGGCCAGCAUGCCGUCGCGGCUGGACUUUACCCCGGACGACUUCCGCCCGGCGUGGGAGCUGAGCCAGGAACUGCUGCCGGCGCUGGGCGAGGCCGCCGUCGCGGACGGCUUCAACGGCGUCUUCUCCUUCACGCCGGACGGGAACCCGCUGGUCGGCCGGGCGCCCGGCCUGGAUGGGUUCUACCUCGCCGAGGCCGUGUGGGUGACGCACUCGGCCGGCGUGGCGCGCGCCCUGGCCGAGGUGCUCACGACGGGCAAGUCCCGCGUCGACCUGGCCGAGUGCGACAUCUGCCGCUUCGAGCAGGUCCAGCUCACGCCCGAGUACGUGCGGGAGACGUCGCAGCAGAGCUUUGCCGAGGUGUACGACAUUGUGCACCCGCUGCAGCCGAGGAUCGCGCCGCGCAACCUGCGCGUCAGCCCGUUCCACGCCCGCCAGGUCGAGCUGGGCGCCUUCUUCCUCGAGGCGGGCGCGUGGGAGCGGCCGCAGUGGUUCGAGGCCAACCGCGCGCUGCUGCGCGAGCUGCCCCCGGAGUGGCGGCCGGCCGAGCGGGACGGCUGGUCGGGCCGGUACUGGUCGCCCGUCGCGGCGGCCGAGGCGUGGAAGACGCGCACGUCGGCGGCCAUGUACGACAUGACGCCGCUGCGCCGGCUGGAGGUCGCCGGGCCGGGGGCGGUCGGCUUGCUGGACCGGCUGACCACGGGCAACGUGGCGCGCAAGCCCGGCGCGGUGACGUACACGCUGCUGCUGGACGAGCGGGGCGGCGUGCGGAGCGACGUCACCGUGGCCCGGCUGCAGGCCGACCUGUUCCAGGUGGGCGUCAACGGCCCCGCCGACGCGGCCUACCUGGCGCGCGAGGCGCGCGAGGCGAGCGCCGCCCAGGCGCCCGUGCAGGUGCGCGACGUCACCGGCGGGACGUGCUGCGUCGGGCUGUGGGGCCCGCGGGCGCGCGACGUCAUGGCCGGCGCCUCCGCCGACGACUUCUCGGACGAGGGGCUCGGGUACUUCCGCGCCAGGCGGGCCAGCGUCGGCGGCGUGCCCGUGACGGCGCUGCGGCUCUCGUACGUCGGCGAGCUCGGCUGGGAGCUGUACGCCAGCGCCGACAACGGGCUGCGCCUGUGGGACGCCCUCUGGGAGGCCGGCCGGCCGCACGGCGUCGUCGCCGCCGGCCGCAGCGCCUUCAACUCGCUGCGGCUGGAGAAGGGGUUCCGCGCCUGGGGCGCCGACGUGACGACCGAGCACGACCCCUACGAGGCGGGGCUGGGCUUCGCCGUCAAGCUCGACAAGAAGACGGCCUUUGUCGGGCGGCCGGCCGCGGCGGCGCGCGCGGCGGCCCCCGCGGCCCGGCUCCUGCGCUGCCUGACCGUCGACGACGGCAGGUCCAUGGUCAUGGGGAAGGAGCCCGUGCUUGUGGACGGCGAGCCGGCGGGGUACGUGACCAGCGCGGCGUUUGGCCACACCGUCGGCAAGCCGGUCGCGUACGCGUACCUGCCUGCCUGUGUCGGGGUCGGCGACGCCGUCGAGCUGGAGUACUUUGGGAAGAGGAUCGCGGCGACGGUGGCGGCGGAGCCCUUGUACGAUGCCGAGAUGCGGCGGGUGCGGGGGUAG